AUGGAUUCAGCUUCUAUAUCUGCUAAUGUUAACAACAUUCCUGUGCUUAAUGGCACAAACUUCAAGAAAUGGAAAAAACACGUUAUAAUUGUGCUCGGGUGCAUGGAUUUGGACUAUGCAUUAAGAGAGGAUCGCCUUGUAGAUCUUACUAGUGCCAACACUGCUAAGCAAAGGGAUACUAUGGAAAAAUGGGAGCUAUCCAAUCGCAUGAGUUUAAUGAUAAUGAAGCACUCAAUUCUAGAAGCUAUAAGGGGUGCAAUACCUAAGGAGUCUCGAGCCAAGACAUUCUUGGACCAGAUAGCAAACCGAUUCGCUGCAAAUGAAAAGGUCGAGACAAGCACUAUUCUUAAUAAGCUUGUCUCCAUGCGAUACAAAGGGAAAGAGAAUAUAAAGGAGUACAUAAUGGAAAUGUCCAAUCUUGUGGCUAGACUCAAGGCACUAAAGUUAGAGUUAUCAGAAAACAUACUUGUGUACUUGGACAGGAGAAUGUCAACUACAAUUACACAUGGACGAGAAGGAAUAGUUGUUAGGAGUGGUGAUGGCGACGAUGGUAGCAAGGAAAGUGGUAGGGGUGGAGAAGGUGGUGGGUACAGGGACAGGGAAGGUGGUGUGAGUGGGGGUGAAGGAGGUUGUGGUAGUGGCGACAAUUGUGGGGGUAGGGGUAGGGGUGGGGGUGGUGGUGGCGGCAAUUGUGAGGGUAGGGGUGGUGGUGGUGGCAGCGACGGCACCAUUGGUGAUCAUGGUUUCGGAAGUGGUGACUAUGUCAGUCGCGAUAUAAUAUGGUAA